AUGUCAACGCUAUCAGAAACCCUCCCAGUCAUUGACCUUGAUAUCUUCUUAUCUCAACAUACACAAUCAAUCAGAGUGCAAGAGGAAUGUAACAAGGCUGCUGAUGCAUUGAUCACAUACGGGGCACUCCUUGUUCACGACUCUCGCGUAUCAGAGGAAGACAAUGACACUUUCCUUGAUCUCAUCGAAGACUAUUUCGCGCAGCCUAUCGAGGAUUUACAGAAGGAUGAGCGACCAGAGAUUCAUUAUCAGGUUGGUGUCACCCUUGAGAAUACAGAGAAGCCCAAAUGUGCUGUGGAUGAGCCAUGCUUGGAUAUUAUCGCCAACUUGGAUCCAGCCGAACGGCCAUUAGAUGUCUCCGGGCACCAUCCUGACCCCAAGUGCAGGUUCUUCUGGAAAAUGGGAACUCCCCCUCCAUAUGAGACCGAGUUUCCGGCGCUCAAUGCUCCAAAUGUCGUACCGCAGGCCCCUGGCAUCAGUGAGAAGUGGGAAUUCCACCAUGGAGAAAUGGGGACAUUCCAUGAAGAAUGCAAUAUUGCUGAAAUGACAGCAAUUGGUCUCGGACUUCCUCGAGAAUUUAUUAAGGAUGCAGGGAAAUAUGGCCCUCAUCUACUUGGCCCAACGGCUUCUGAUUUGGUGAAGUACGGGCAAAAGGAUACCAUACUUGCCGGCUUUCAUACGGACCUCAACUGCUUAACGAUCCACGGUCGUUCACGGUAUCCUGGACUUAACAUCUGGGCGCGUAAUACCGGAAAGCGCAUCCCCGUUAGAUUCCCACCCACUGGCCGUUACCUACUUGUGCAAGCAGGAAAACAGAUUGAACAUCUCACCGGAGGCCUUAUCAAAGCUGGCUUCCACGAGGUAGUUGUGAACAAGGCUACGCUACAGACUAUCGAGCGGCGGAAAGAGAGUCAUCCUGACCGGCCAAAUAUUCGCAUAUCAUCAACAUUUUUCUGGCAUCUCUCGUCCGAUUAUGAGCUGGCUCCGAUCCCUAAGCUAUCUGAGCGUGCAAAUGUGUUCAAUUCGAGUCAGACAGCUAAUCAGCAUACGUCUUAUGAACGGAUGAAGGUUGGACAGCAGGUUCAGAAGUGA